CAGUGUGUGUGCUGACGCUAGGGAGCAACGUUUGCCGAAUGCACUGGAUCAUUGCCACAUCAGACCUCGAGGAGAUUAGACGCGUUUCGCUGGACUCAGUCGAGAUCUCGUGCUUACCCAACAAUUAAAUAAAUAAAAAAUCGCUACAAACUAUAUAACACUGUUAUCUGGAUUUAGCCGAGUAAACACGGUUUCCGUAGACGUGUGAAGACAAUUUUUAGUGAAAUAUUGUGAAUCUGUGGUGUGAGGACUCAGAGACACGAAAAAAUUUUGAACGAGUGAUUUGUUAAAUUCACUCGACGUUCUACGAGUUUGUUCUGUUAUUCGGGGGUGAAUUCGCGUGAGACGCGAUCAUUGAGACUUAUGGAAAUUGAUCCCUUCGAGGAUCCACCCUACAGACGCUUCAGACGGCGUUUCAAUAAGUGAAAAUCAGUAUUUUCACUCCUGAGUUGAUGAUCUCUUGUUCAGAGUGGGACACGUGUUUUGAUUUUUUUGUCUCGUGAAAUUCGUGAUUUUUCGAUUAUUCAGUCUACAACGUGUGCUGCCUCGGUGAUAAUAAAGUUUUCUUUUUAUUGAAGUAUGAUAAUAUUUUGUGGUAUCGUGAGGGUGGUUUAUUGCAGGCAGACUUUUCGCUGAGAGGAACUUGAGAACUCGAGGUUUUUUUCUUGGGGGCGGGAGGGGGGGUGGAGGGUGAGUGUCAGUGAGAGACUCUUUUUGAGGAAUUCGUUGGGAAGAUUAUUUUUUUCUCGGAACGAUGGCUAUUCCCUUUGCUCUGCCCUCCGAGGAUGAGGCUGAGAUGCAGGGCCAACAGUUGGAGCAGCUGAUGCUCGAUCUCUACGCAGCACUGCAACAGGUACUGCGGAGCAGGAGUGCUCAGCAUCCGUCUCGCAAUCAUCGUCUGCCGCGACGACCAAUGGACGUCCCAGGGACUCGUGACCACCCGGUGAUCCUGAUUGACUCGGAUCUGUCGCGUCUCCCACUGCCCGAUCUCGUACUCUCGGCAGUGGAGCAAUUGCCACCACCUGAGCCCCAGGUGACAGUCUCAGCGCCCAGCAGUCCCACUCGAGACGCUGCAUUUCAGUUUCCCGAAUGCAGUGUACCCGUACCCAGUCCUCGGGCAAGACCACGAAGACGAAGACUAACGUCUGAGAGUUCAGUGCUGGAGAAGGACAACAGUAGGAACGACAGUGGUAUCUGUAGCGGUUGCUGUGGUCAUAUCAGGGACUCGCUGAAUGAACGAGAGUGGGCCAGUGUGGGAGCUAAUUUGAGAAAUAUCGCUGAUGAUUUUCACGCAUCCAAGACCAAGGACGCUGAGAUUGAAAAAUCGAGACUGCCAUGUAUCGGUACGAGUUUUCCUCCUGUGCCAGCCUCAACGUCCUCAUCACCGGACAGUCUCCUGUCGCUCCUGAUUCCAGCGCCUCUUCGCGAGACCCUGUGGACGACAGUGGCGUUGUACCUAGGUUGGCGGCUGGUGUCACGUCUCCGAUAGAGACGAGUCAGACGCCCAAGUAGGCGACGCUGAUGGCCCGACUGAACCAUCCAAGUGAGGUAGUUGACCGAUAAUAUCGAAAAACCAGGGGGCGAAAGGGGUUACGUCGAGGAGUCGUCUCGCGUUUGCACUUCUUAAUAUCGAAAUAAAAAAUAAAUAAAUAAAAAUCCAACUCGAGACUGCGCACUCGUUCCCAAGAGCGAUCGAGAUAAGCCGCGGAGCCACGAGGAGAAGAACAAUUUACGACAUACGAGGAGCAAAAAAUUUUAAGAUUAACUGAAGAAUGGAGAGAGGGCGGAGGGAGCUAAGGACGAGAUCCAAAGAGGACUUAACCGAAUAAUCAAACGAUGAUCUCAUUACGAAUAAAUAAGGGAGAGGAGUCUAUAAAGUAGUGUGAUUUUGUUUUCUAAUUAAAUAGGGGAAAGUAAAUUUUUUUUUGUGAUUCAUCGAUUAAAGAUUGUGGAGUUUUCAUAAUUGCUCGAUGCAAAUACAGAGUUCACUUCAUCAUAAAACAAAUUAAGUAUUGAGUUCUGUAAAUACACGAGCAGAAGUCUGUAAAUAUGAAAGUUAUUAAGUCGAUUGUAUUCCAAAAAUUGAGAAAUGAAAAAUGAAAAAAAAAUGAGAAAAAAAAUGGUGAGAUGAUUAUGGAGGGAAUAAGUGGAGGAUUUUGAGGGGUUCGAGAAUGUGUAUAGCUAAAAGUUAGAAGAACAAAAAAAAAACAACAGCAAAAUGAAACCCACGAAACAGUGAAAAAUGAUACUAAAGUAAUGAAUCAGUAAUAAGUCGAAUUUAAAUAAUUAAAGUAGAUAAUUUGAUAUAGAAUUCGAGGAUCGCAGCAAUGAAUUGGCUCGCUGCGAUGCCCGUGGACAGUUUUCAAAUGAUCUCCGGUAGCUUAGCUCUUAUUGUGGCGCCCUCGUCCACGUGCGGGACGCCCUCGUAGUUGUCUUUAUCAGAGGCGUUCCCUUCUUCUUUUAUACUUUUCUCUUUCUUUCUCUUCUAUAUUCAGUUUCUUACGCCAUUUUUAUCCUCUCUCUAUUUUUCUCUAUUGCUGAUUAUUACGUUCCAAUUAAUUUAUAAUUGAAGAUAGAAGAUAUAGAGACAAAUCAUUGAGAAGAGUGGUUAUCAUUCACUCGAUUAUCCGACAUUUUUUUUUAUUAUGAGAAUAAAGUAAUAUAAUUAUUUUCGAUUUUUAAGUUUUAAGAUUGGUUUUUUCUCUCUUCUCAACUGUGAUUUCGCGUCCCAACUUCUCAUGCCCUUGAUUAUUAUUAUUAUUUUUUUUUAUCGUGGAUUCUCGUUGAAGCCAGACCAAAACUGCAUUACCGCGUCACAAUCGUGUCGCCUUCUCUCUUUUUUUAAUACCUUUUUUAUAUCCAUAUGCAUUUAUUUUUUGUUCGUUUUUUGUUUAAUUCAAUAUAAGUAUCUUAACUUUAACGAAUAUUUCCAGUAUGUAAAGAAAACAAUAGUAUUUAUUUACUGGAAUAUUUCCAGUGUGUCAAGAGAACAAUAGUAUAAUGAAAACCGCGAUUCUCUUCAGUAAAGAAGUGAUUUUUAAUCCCGGUUAUUUUGUAGUAAGAUUUUUUUAAACUCGUAAACUGCCAUUUGUUCCACCGAAUUUUGAGAAUUUUUUUCGAUUAUUGUGGAUGCCAUGGAUUUUAUCAUGCAUUUUAUUGAUCUUUAAAAUUGAGUAUUUAGGAAAUUUCCCAUGAUCUCGACUCUGCGGAAUACAGAGAAUUUUAUUGAUGUGCAACUGCAAUAGUUUGCCACUGAAUACAACGAUUUUUAAAAUUUUUCUCGAGAUUCGAGAGACGGUUUUUCAUGCCAAACGAGAGUAUAAACGUAGGGCCUCAAUUUUAGAAAGAAUAAUAGGGAAUCUGCAGCCUCUUCCUAGAUUUGUAAAUUUUUUUAAUAUAUUCGUUACAAAUUAAAGAAAAAACCAUUUGUAAGACGGACAAUUGUGUAUCAAUUAUUUAUAAACAAAGAAAUUAAUUUGGACAUAUGAACUAUUCAUUGAAAUUUUUUUCAUCGUGAAAAAGAUGGGGCGAUUCCGUAUUGUUCUUAAGAAAUUUUAAAGACGCAUGUAAAUAGCUUUUUUAUGAAAAAAAAAUGAAGAAUAGUGAUUUCAUAGCUGAAUUUUCCAGACUUUUUUCCCCAUGAUUGUUUCUUAUAAUUUCCGCUACAUUGUAACUCUAGCCAGAAACAAACCCUCGUAGAUGCAUUUUUAGUGGUUAGUCAGCCAUAUUUGGAAACGUAAUACUAAUGAUUAUAAAACCAGAUGAAACAUGAUUAAAAAAAUCCUAUACAUAUUGGAAGCAAAAAAGACCCACAUAUUAUACAUACGCAUAAAGUAAAUAUAUGUAUACAUCGUGUAUAUUUUAAUGCAAAACGGUAUAUUUGAUCAUAUGCUGAAUUGUUUUGCACAUGAGAUGGAUAUUGAAUAAUUAACCAUAAUUUUUUUGUGAAUUUGAGGGACAAAAUAAUAGGAUUUUGUCGGUGAUGAGAAAGUAAUUAUUUGUGAGCAGGCCGAAGGGCGGAUGUUUUUUCGUUGUUGUGCGAAAACACGAAAUUGGCUCGCUGAUGAGUAUAAAAUGAAUUAUUUAAAUAAAGAGAAAAUUAAUAAGAGCGUCAAGGUGGAGAAGGUGGGACAUAAGCUGUAACUGUGACUAUGCGGAUCGUGGGGAGCAGGCUGUGUAAAAUGUUUUUUUGAAAAAAAAAAAGACCAGAAAACUCGCAAAAAUACGAAUUCGUUUUAUUUUUCAUGCAGAAAUAUUCAAAAUAAUUGAUACAGCCCGCUCGCUCCAGAUCCCCGCGCGUCAAAGCGUCACUGUGAUCUCGUAAUUAAUAAUAAAUAUCUAAUUAUAGUGAAACAAAAAUAACCAUAUGAAUAUUGUAAUCCCGGUCCUCCUCCCUGAGAUUAAAGUCCCCCUCCGUAUGAAAUAUUUGAGAAAUAAAUGAUAAAAGGUUUUUCUUUUAAACAAUGAAUAAACUUUUUUUUUUAACCAGAAAACGUACCAUAUUACGCAUUUAACUGAGUUUAUUGCAGAUGAUAUGAAGAGAGUAGACGUUAGUUUGUAUUUUGUAAUGAUAUUUUUUACUUUAAUGCUCGGAUUUUCACAUGAUCUCUUGGAGGCAUUGUUCAGUGCGGCGGCAUAUUUUCUUUAUUAUUUUCUUUGAUUGAGAAAAUAUUAUGGAUAUGCCUCUCCCGUGCCAACAACCUCACCAUAAUUAAUUAAAUAAAUAAUUGAAAACGAAGAAAAACAUAUUUGUCGAUAUUGCGUUAUGUAUAAAGUAAUUAGUUUAUUAUUAUUACAUUAUUAUUCAUGAAUUAUUUCUAUUAUUGUCACUACCAAUUUAUUAUAAUGAUGAAUCAUCUACAUUUGCGAUUACUAUCGUACUGUCGCCUAUGAAUUGAGGUUCAGGUUAAACUCCGUCACUAAAGAGGUAAUUCGACUAGUCUUUACCGGACAAAGCAUUGAGAUUUUUUUUCUUUAACGAAUGGAUAUUUUUCGAAGGAAAAUGCAGUUGACUAUGUUUCCUUUUAAUAUUGAAUUUUUCUCGGACCAUUUCGCCUCGAAUGAUCCUCGAUCUGACGAUGGAUUUUCCUCGAUUAUUCGAACAAAAUUUUGUGAAAAUGUGAAUUGUCCAUCGCCGAGAUCGACGUCUCGAUGUUGAUUUUUUGUAAGAUUAUUUUUUUCUACCAGUAAUAAAUUAUUGUAAUAUGCCAUAUGACAUCUUAUUCGUCAAUGUAUUCUUGGGGCCUUUCCUCGCACACUCCAUAACCCUCAAUAUCCUCAUCAUCACGAUUAUCAUGAGUACGAGGGUUCAUUUUAAUUUUUCGCGAAGUUUGGACGACUGGAGGUGAGGAAAUGCUCUGAAACCGUCUAGAUUUUGUUUUCAUUACCGAAAUUUAAUGCAGAAUAAUUAGCUCAACUCUGAUGGUGCCAAUAAUACCAGAACAUUCUCAUGAACUUGAUCUCCAUUCGGUUGCCAAAACCAAUUAAUUUAAAUGAUUAUCCCUGAGAGAAUUAUUCAAAAGAAUAUUCACUUUUUGAUGGACGAAUUACUUUCGUGUAGCUACGAGUGAAUAUUCUUGUUUCUUGAAUAUUUGUCAAUAGUAUUUACUGCCAUUCAUUAUAAUCACCUCCGCAUUCUCAUGACUUCGCUGAUAAAUUUGUCGAUAACUCCUGUAAAAUUGAUCAUUCCAGGGGAAUUAAAUUUUCGCAAACGUUACCUGUAACCAAAUGUCUCGUGGACCAUAAGAUCGCUGCGAUUUUCGGGAGAGAUGAGAAGAGAAUACAUCAAAUUCAUAGCACUCAUAAAAAAUUAUGAGAUACAACUUGAAAAAUGACAUUGUUAUUCCUCUUGGAUUGAAAUAUCUCAAAAGUUUAUUAUCAUUUCCCUGCAAUGUUCCCCACUUCGCCUUGUGAUAGAGCCUGGACUACCCGUACCAAUAACAAUAUUCCUCACGACAUUCAAUUAAAAUUUUUUUCAUAAAAUCAAAGAAUGGUGUUUAGAGAGUAUUGAAUAUUUAUCGAAUUAGGAGAAUUUGUCCAGCUGACCAAUCCAAAGAAUUGACCAAAUAAAUACGGAGAAUGAUAACUGGGGGAUGUGGCAGGUGAAAUAGAUAAUAAUCACAUAACUUCUCCAAAAUUUCAAUCUUAAAAAAAAUUAUAUCAUUCUAUAGACUAUGAUUCUUUUCUCAAAGACACCUCAAUCUACGAAAAUAAUGGCGAUCACGUGAUUAUACUGUGACAGUCCGAAAAAAGACAGAAAAAUUAUUCAACUCUACUAAGAUCGACCAAGCUCAAAAUUAUUUCAAUUAAUCAAAAGAAUUGCGUAAAAUUCAUCAAUUCGAUUCUAGUAUAGCACGGAGUUACAAAACGUUUUUUCAAACUCAAUCCCUCGUUGAAGGAAAUUGUGCGAUUCGAUAUUACCGAUCUUCAAUUAUCAGAAUGCUCAAAAAUUGAUGAUAUCGAAUGAUUGAUUUGAAAGAAAAAUCGAAUUAACAUUUCUGCGAAUCAACGAAAGGACAAAAUGCUGUGUUAUUUAAGUCACUAUACAUACCAUGUGUUAUUGCUACAUUUAUAUUAUUUUAUGACAAUUUUUUUCCAUGUUAUUAAUUUUAUUGAAUUAUGAUUUACCGCAGUAUAUCAACUAAGUAAUUCUGUAGUACGAAUAUUUUAGUUUUAAUUUACAUAAGUUGUAAGCGUUGUGAGUUGAUCGCACGCGAUUCUCUGGACCCUGAUUUUUUUUCUGAUAAAAUGACAUGAUUGAGGGAUGAAAGAUACCGCGAGGCGUUGGGCCUCGAGCGCAAAGCGGUUGUGGUCCAUGAGGAUGUAACAAAAUAUAUGAUAAAUUCAAGGGGCAACAGAGGCAUCUCGCCGCUACCCGCUAUGUCUUUCAAUGUACAGAUUUUUUCACUUUUAUAUAGUUAAUGAUAUCAUAAACGUUAUUACGUCGAGUUUAUGCCCGGAUUCGAGCGGUGCAUUAUUAUUGUACUUGAGUUUUCUUUUUCUAAUGAAUAAAUGUCAACACGCCGAACGCUA